AUGUCUAAUGGCCCUCUAGCUAUUUUGAAUUCUUUAAUCUCGUGUCCUGACUUGAAGAUUAAAGAUGUUUGGGUUGAUAGUUAUUGGGAUGUGCAGUUGUUUGAAAGCUUGGUUGGGUGUAACAAGGCAAAUGAAAUUAUAGCUGCAGUGUCUCGUGGUCUUGUAGGAAAGGAUGUUGUGAUCUGGAAACCAAGUCAUGAUGGCCAUUUUUCUUCAGCUUCAGCUUUGGAAUUGGAUCGAUUAAAAGGAGCUAAGUUGGAAGGGAAGAUUCAAAGGGCAGGUGUUGUUUCUACUCUAGAUGGUGCGAUCGUGAAGGAGCUUGGCGUUUCAAUCUUUUCUAACUUUCGACGUCAACCAAUGAUGAUCUCUUGGACACAGCCUCGGGCUAGUUGGUUCAAGCUUAAUGUAGACGGUGCUUGCAGAGGUAAUCUAGGCAGUUGUGGAGGUGGUGGUGUGGUCCGUAAUGAUAGAGGGAAACUAGUGGCAGCUUUCUUGGCAAAGUUUACUCAUGGUACAAAUAAUGAAGUUGAACUUCGUGCUUUAAUUCAUGGUUUAUUACUUUGCAGGGAUCUUGAUAUAAGAAAGUUAGAGAUAGAAUGUGAUUCUAUGUUAGUGGUUCAAGCGUUGGAAAACUUUUCAUAUACAGUUUGGUAUUUAUGGGAUUUUUGGGAUGAGCUUAUUGAGCUUAUCCAAUAUUUUGAUUACAUAAUUGCUCAUCAGUUUAGGGAAUAG